AUGUAAUGAUUUGCUUCUGUACAUGAAAUUUGAAACCUAAUAUUAGACAAAACCCUCCAAAUUUAAGAGAACAAGAAACGGUGAAUCAAUUAAGAUAGGGCAAACAAUAAAAAUAACAUAAAUUUAUAAAAAUAAAAAAGAAAGAAACAGUUACCCGACCAACCUCCAACUGCUACAUCCCAUGCACCGUUCCCUUCUCAAAUACAAAACUCAUGAAUUCCCUCCUUUCCCAUUCAUUACGAGACAUAUAUACACCGCAAAUACACUCCGUUUUGAAAAUGAAAGCGUCUAAUUCGCUACCAUCAGCCCCACCGGAGCCACCAACAAUGGCAGCACCAGCCGCCAGUAUUCCAGUGAAUCUGCAGUCCUUUCCGCCGGCUCUACACGCCCCUAAACUGGGCCCUCAUUCUCCUGUCCCCUGGUCAACCGGCCUGUGUGACUGUUGCGACAACAUCAGCGUUUGUUGCCUGACCUGUUGGUGUCCAUGCAUAACAUUUGGUCGCAUUGCAGAAAUCGUCGACAGAGGAUCAACCUCCUGUGGAAUUAGUGGAGCGUUGUACUCAAUGAUACUGUGCGUGAGUGGUUGCUCCUGCCUGUACUCCUGCUUCUAUCGAUCAAAAUUACGGGGACAGUAUUUCCUGGAGGAAAGGCCAUGCACUGAUUGCUGCGUGCAUUGCUGUUGUGAGACGUGUGCAUUAUGCCAGGAGUAUAGACAGCUCCAGAACCAGGGAUUCGACUUGUCUAUAGGAUGGCAUGGGAAUUUGGAAAGGCAGAAAGGAACGGGUUGGAUGGCUCCACCGGUUCAAGAGGGAAUGAAGAGCUAG